AUGUCUCGGCGCAAACAGGCCAAGCCCCAACACCUCAAGUCGGACGAGGAGCUGCCGCCGCCGGACGGGGCUCCUGAGCACGGCGUCCCUGGGGAAGGCGCAGAAGACGCAGACAGUGGGAACGAGAGCCGGAGCGGCGGGGAGGAAACCAGCGUGUGCGAGAAAUGCUGCGCGGAGUUCUUCAAGUGGGCCGACUUCCUGCAGCACAAGAAGAGCUGCACCAAGAACCCACUGGUGCUCAUCGUGGGUGAGGAUGAGCCUGCGCCGCCUGCGGAGGAGUUCCCAGAAGCCUCACCUACCAGCUCACCAGGAGAGCGGGCCGAGGCCGAGAGUGAGGCUGCCGAGGAGGCCGCCCCGGCAGAGGGCGAGGCAGAGGCCCCGGCGCCUGCGCGUGAGCUCGAGCCCAUGGACGUGGAGGCACCCGGGGACAAGGGCAGCACAGGCCCGGGCACGCCCGCCCCACCACCCCCAACACUGGCCCCUGCCCCUGAGCCCACCACACCGGCCUUCGCGAUGCCCAGCACCAACGUAACGCUGGAGACGCUGCUCAGCACUAAGGUGGCUGUGGCGCAGUUCUCACAGGGCGCCCGCGCAGCUGGGAGCACGUCGGGCACAGGCGUGGGGGCUGUAGCCAUCCCCAUGAUUCUGGAGCAGCUGGUGGCCCUGCAGCAGCAGCAGAUUCACCAGCUGCAGCUCAUCGAGCAGAUACGCAGCCAGGUAGCCCUUAUGAGCCGCCAGCCUGCGCGGCCACCCCUGAACCCAGUGGUGGCAGCAACAGCUGCGACAGCACCAGCACCUGGCACACCUGGCCCACCUUCCCUGGCUGCACACCCUGCACGGCAGCUCUCAGCUACUCCGGCCCCCAGCUCUGCAGGCCCCACAGGUCCACAGGCCACCUUCGAGAGCCCCCAGCCACUUUCACAACCUGCAUCAGGAGCAAGCCCCCAAGAGGGCCCCAGUUCAGCGGAGUGCGCAGCGCCCCCAGCCUCCAGCAUUGGGCCUACUGCACCAGGCAGCACCCCGCAGCUGCAGAAUGAGUCCACGCCCCCUGCCCUGGGCCCUGGGUCCCUGCUCAGCUCAACUCCCAGCCUGCCAAGCCCUCUGCUACCUCAGUCCUCUUCUAGCAGCGUCAUCUUCCCCAACCCCUUGGUCAGCAUUGCUGCUACAGCCAAUGCGCUGGACCCGCUGUCAGCCCUCAUGAAGCACCGUAAGGGCAAGCCACCCAACGUGUCAGUAUUUGAGCCGAAGGCCAGUGCCGAGGACCCCUUCUUCAAGCACAAGUGCAGGUUCUGUGCCAAGGUCUUCGGCAGCGACAGCGCACUGCAGAUCCACCUGCGCUCACACACUGGCGAGCGGCCCUUCAAGUGCAACAUCUGUGGGAACCGCUUCUCCACCAAAGGUAACCUGAAGGUGCACUUCCAGAGGCACAAGGAGAAGUAUCCCCACAUCCAGAUGAACCCCUACCCAGUCCCAGAGUACCUCGAUAAUGUGCCCACCUGCUCGGGAAUUCCCUAUGGCAUGUCACUGCCCCCAGAAAAGCCGGUAACCACCUGGCUGGACAGCAAGCCAGUGCUGCCAACAGUGCCCACAUCUGUGGGACUGCAGCUGCCUCCCACCAUCCCCAGUACUCACAGCUACACUGACUCCCCUAGUGUUACCCCCAUCAGUCGCUCCCCCCAGAGGCCCUCUCCUGCAUCCAGCGAAUGCACCUCCUUGUCUCCAGGCCUCAACCACGCUGAUGCCAGCAUCUCAGUGACAGCCGAGUCCCCACAGCCACUCCUCAGUGGAUCUUUGACUAAAACAGAACAAACUGUUGGCCUGCCUUGCACAAAUGCAAGGACAGGGGACAUUCCUGUUGGUGGACAGGUCAGUGCUGUGUCCACAUCUGCAGCCACUGCUGUCACAGACAGCACUUCCACCAGCCUUGGCAGCCCCAGUCUUCCAGCAGCCUCUGACCAGUUCAAGGCCCAGUUUCCCUUUGGUGGCCUGCUUGACUCUAUGCAAACGUCAGAAACCUCAAAACUGCAGCAAUUGGUAGAGAACAUUGAUAAGAAGAUGACAGAUCCAAAUCAGUGUGUCAUCUGCCACCGGGUGCUGAGCUGUCAGAGCGCCCUGAAGAUGCAUUACAGGACGCAUACAGGGGAAAGGCCCUUUAAAUGCAAGAUCUGUGGCCGAGCCUUUACCACCAAGGGCAACCUAAAGACACACUUUGGGGUUCACCGGGCCAAACCACCCCUGCGGGUGCAGCACUCCUGUCCCAUUUGCCAGAAGAAGUUCACAAAUGCGGUGGUGCUGCAGCAGCACAUCCGAAUGCACAUGGGGGGCCAGAUUCCCAACACGCCACUGCCAGAGGGCUUCCCGGAUGCCAUGGAUGCGGACCUGCCCUUCGAUGAGAAGAACGUGGAAACCCUGAGCAGUUAUGACGAUGACAUCGAUGAGAACUCGAUGGAGGAGGACACAGAACUAAAGGACACGGCCAGUGAUUCGUCCAAACCACUCCUUGCCUACUCGGGGUCCUGCCCACCCUCACCUCCCUCGGUCAUCUCCAGCAUUGCUGCCCUAGAGAAUCAGAUGAAAAUGAUAGAUUCAGUCAUGAACUGUCAGCAGCUGACCAGCUUGAAGUCUGUGGAAAAUGGAUCCGGGGAAAGUGAUCACCUCAGCAAUGAUUCCUCGUCUGCAGUGGGGGACCUGGAGAGCCGCAGUGCAGGCAGUCCUGCCCUGUCAGAAUCCUCAUCCUCCCAGGCACUGUCACCUGCCAACAGCAAUGGCGAGAGCUUCCGCUCUAAGUCCCCAGGCCUUGGCAAUCCGGAGGACCCACAGGAGAUCCCACUAAAGACAGAAAGGCCGGACAGCCCACCCCCAGGCCCAGGAAAUGGAGGUGCCCUGGACCUGACAGCCAGCCACCCUGGCCGGCCCAUCAUCAAGGAGGAGGCCCCCUUCAGCCUGCUGUUCCUCAACAGAGAGCGGGGUAAGUGUAUGAGCACUGUGUGUGGUGUCUGUGGCAAGCCCUUUGCUUGCAAGAGUGCGUUGGAAAUCCACCACCGCAGCCAUACCAAGGAACGGCCAUUUGUCUGCUCAGUCUGCAGGCGGGGGUGUUCCACUAUGGGUAAUUUAAAACAGCACUUACUGACACACAAAUUGAAAGAGCUGCCUUCUCAGGUAUUUGACCCCAACUUUACUCUAGGUCCCAGCCACAGCACUCCUAGCCUGGUCUCCAGCCCUGCGCCCGCCAUGAUCAAAAUGGAAGUGAAUGGUCACAGCAAGGCCAUCGCACUGAGCGAGGGCCCACCACUGCCAGCUGGGGUCCAGGUCCCCACAGGGCCCCAAACAGUGAUGACCCCAGGCCUGGCACCCAUGCUGGCACCCCCACCACGCCGGACACCUAAGCAACACAACUGCCAGUCCUGUGGAAAGACCUUCUCCUCAGCCAGUGCCCUGCAGAUCCAUGAGCGCACCCACACUGGGGAGAAGCCCUUCGGCUGUACCAUCUGUGGGAGGGCCUUCACCACCAAGGGCAACCUCAAGGUACACAUGGGAACUCACAUGUGGAAUAAUGCCCCUGCAAGGCGUGGUCGCCGCCUGUCCGUGGAAAACCCCAUGGCCCUGCUAGGUGGUGAUGCCCUGAAGUUCUCUGAAAUGUUUCAGAAGGACCUGGCAGCUCGAGCCAUGAAUGUUGAUCCCAGCUUCUGGAACCAGUAUGCAGCAGCCAUCACUAAUGGGCUCGCCAUGAAGAACAAUGAGAUCUCUGUCAUUCAGAAUGGAGGUAUCCCCCAGCUCCCAGUAAGUCUAGGCGGAAGCGCCAUUCCCCCUCUGGGUACUAUGACCGGUGGGAUGGACAAGGCCCGCACUGGCAGCAGCCCACCCAUUGUCAGUUUGGACAAAGUAAGCUCGGAAACCGGAGCCAGCCGUCCAUUCACAAGAUUUGUUGAGGAUAACAAGGAGAUCGGUAUAAACUAG